AUGCAACGUUACUUGUCCACAGCCAAGAACGCCGGCGGCCAGAUGGUCCGGAAAAGCAACUUCCGGCGGCCGCCGUGCGACGUGUUCGUGAACCACCGGGGGAUCGACACGAAGAAGAACGUGGCGGGGCUGCUCUACGACCACCUGCGGAGGGCGGGGCUGCGGCCGUUCUUGGACAGCAAGAACAUGAAGGCGGGGGACAAGCUGUUCGACAAGAUCGAUCCGGCGAUCCGAGGAUGUAAGGUCGGGGUGGCGGUCCUGUCGCCGCAGUAUUGCGACUCGUAUUUCUGCCUGCACGAGCUGGCGCUGAUGAUGGAGUGCCGGAAGAGGGUUAUUCCGGUGUUCUGCGACGUCAAACCGUCGGAGCUUGCGGUGGUUGAUAAGUGGAAUGGGGCUUAUCCGGCCGAGGAUUUGGAGAGGUUUAGGUUGGCUCUUGAGGAGGCUAAGUACACCGUUGGACUCACAUUUGACACCUUAAAUGGGGAUUGGUCUAACUUCUUAGCUUGUGCUUCGAAAGCUGUGGUGCAGAAUUUAAUAGAGGUGGAAGGAAGCGAGUGGAUCAAGAGACACAAAUAUUAUCAUCGUAAUCAUAAUAGACAAUAA